AGAUUAAAGCAGGUGGACACUUAAGAGGGAGAGCUGGAAGAUCAAGUGAGCCGUCUAAAACUUCAUGACUAAAUCUGACCCGUUUUACGUCGGUGUCUGACAUUUGAUAAUUGCUACUUAAUUUCACUCUGCUUACUAGCGUUAGUCGCGGCAGCGAAGAGUGAGCUGAAUUUUGAUGGAUGUGUGCUGAUACCUGGACGAAGGAGCAGUAAGGUGCUGCCGACAGCAUGAACUGGGCAGCGCUGUAUGUCCAGCUAGGAGGAGUGAACAGGCAUUCCACCAGCCUGGGGAAGGUCUGGCUGUCUGUGAUCUUCAUCUUCCGCAUCAUGAUUCUGGUGGUGGCGGCGGAGAGUGUGUGGGGCGACGAGCAGUCUGACUUCACGUGCAACACGCAACAGCCCGGCUGCAAGAAUGUCUGCUACGACCAUUUCUUUCCCGUCUCACACAUCCGUCUGUGGUGUCUUCAGCUGAUCUUCGUCUCCACACCUGCACUGCUUGUGGCAAUGCAUGUGGCCUACAGCAAGCGCGAAGCCAAGCGGAGCAUCCUCCGGGCCAGGGGUGACAAAGCUGAGGAUGACCUGAAAACCCUGAAAAACAGGCGUGUCUCCAUUACUGGGCCACUCUGGUGGACGUACGCCAUGAGUCUGCUCUUCCGCCUGGUAUUUGAGGCCGGCUUCAUGUACGCCCUCUACUUUGUCUACGAUGGCUUCAGAAUGCCGCGGCUGGUCAAGUGUGAGCAGUGGCCAUGUCCCAACAAGGUUGACUGUUUUAUCUCCCGUCCAACAGAAAAGACCAUCUUCACCAUCUUCAUGGUGGCUUCCUCAGGCCUCUGCAUUGUUCUCAAUGUGGCAGAGCUGUUCUACCUGAUUGCUAAGGCACUGGUUAGGUGUUCUGGGGACACCAAAGGGCACUCUUACGCUGCCUCAGAUAGAAGAGUCAAGGAUAAGGCCUGCCGACAGAACAUACGGAACGAGAGGUUGUUGAACACCACUUCAACGCCUUAACUUCCCCACAAUCCAGCUUUGUUACUCUCUCACAAGAAGACUGGAUAGGACCAUUUGUAUUUGCUUGCUUUUUGUUUCAUUUAUAUUAUAACUUCUAUCCUCGCCACUCUAAAUACAACGUGAAAUAAGUGCUGGUUUAGUUUAUAUUGAAAGAGAUACAAUUGAUUUCCUUCAAAUGUUGGGAAUUUUUUUUUUUGCCAAAUCAGUGACUUGAGCCAGACGGCUUGUCCUCGUGGGGACAUCUAGUGGUGCACUUUAGCAUUACACAAAGACUUGCAAAUACACAGACCCAUGGUAUUCCUUCCGUACGAUUUAAGUGUUAGAUACCCUGCCGUGUAACAAAAGCACUUUCCACGAUGCAAUAACUUCAUAAAGAUGGCUAUGAAAAAGUCCGAAUCUGAAGGAGUGCCUUUGUCAUUGAUGCUAACUGACACCCGCUAUAUUCUAUGUUACUUAAAACACCCUCACAUCCCAAACUUUCACUGAUGAUUGAAAGCAAAGCAUAAUAAAUUUGGGUCUAAGGCUAAAUUGCAGGAAAAAAAUCUGACAGGAUUAUUAAAUGCUUUCUCUCAGUGGCCUUAGUGUGUCAGUUGCUCAGUCAAAGGGUAAGUAUUUAAAGUAAAGUAUUUAAUUGUGUGUAGCUGUGCCUCUAUAAGUACGUAUAGCUUACGUAGUUUUCAACUUGUGGAUCAAUGAGAUUGGAGUUCAGUGUUCAGCCAGAAAUCAAAUAGGCUAAUGCUCAGCUCCUGUUCUUUUGCUGAUGGAUUUCUAGUUGGUAUAACAGUUAAAGAUCUAUACUCAACCAGUUAUACCCAAGGUGGUCUUUAAUGUUUAUACAUUUGCUUUAGAAGAAAAAUUUGUAAACAUCUACAUUGUAGACUGAGUCCAAGAAACCAAAGCCACGGGCUUGAAACUGCUAUCGUACAGUCAGGUGUAUGUCGUGUCCCCUUUGACUUGCUAGUACUAUUACACAAGCCUUCCUCCAAGAAGUCUAGUUUAGUAAAGAACUUAUUAUGUGGAGGAUAAAGGGUUACAAUGAUAAUCAAGUAGAGUCAUCAUGUUUAUUGAGUUUGUUUGAAUGUUUAAAGCAGGGGUAGAGAGUUAAUUAUAUUGAAAUUGAUAUCUGCGAAAUAGUUCAUUAUAAUGUCUCCUUGCUUUCCGAUUUAAAGGUUUUUAUCUCCUCUUUCGCCUGCUCAGUGUUUGAAGGUGCUAUACUGAUACAGAAUUUUCUUGCUAGUAUAUAUAUCUUAUUCCAUCUCAAAGCUUGCGAUACUCUUACAGAUGCUAUUGCUCCCAAUCGUCCAGACUUUGUGAUAUGCGCACUUGAGAAUAAUUAGAAAAUUUUGUUCUAUGUAGUUCUGCGAAAGUCUCAGUCCCGUCAGUGACUGACGGUCAGUCUAGGUUAUCCUCCUGCUGCGAGAACAUGCUGGCAGGUGAGCUCGUCGGGAACCUUAACUGUAGCGAUUUCUGUAUGCAGUCUGAACGUAAGUUUACGGCUUGUCUGUUUGUCCAUAAUAAUGAAAACUAUGUGAUUGUUGACAUGCUGCCUUCAAGAAAUCGUUUAAAAUUUAUUUAGUCUAUAUACAUAUAUAUGUGUGAUAUGACCAUAACAGUAGUCAUAUCUAUUUUAUAAUUUAAAAUUGCAUUGUUUUUCAAAUAUGUACAGUAUAUGGAAACUAUAGGCUACAUUUUAUUCCAGUGCGAAUGUAAAACAUUUUUGUUACAACGGCUUUAAUAAAAGUAUCACCUUGGA